GUGCUUUACAUGCUUCUCUUAAUACUCGUGAAAGUUGCUUUUUGACAUUUUGGAGUUUCUUCAAUGAAUUUUAUAAGGCUGUAUUUCAAAAAAUAAAAAAUUUGCCAGCUAAACCCAAGCCUUGGAAAAUUAAUAUUUUGCUAUAUGUAGCUCAUGCAUCAUGGAGAAUAGUCAGGAAGCAUGUUAUUAAACGUUUUGAUAAAAAUAAGGAUUUGGCAUACUGCACUUUUUUUGAUUUAUUAGAUUCCUCAAUACCUUCUACUUUAGAUCUUUAUGUAGUGCUUUUUUGGGGCAAAUUUGGAGUGAAAAGGGAAGGAAAAAAAAUCAAAAAGCCUUACUGGUAUUUUUCAGGAAUUUCUAAAGGAUUUCCUGGAGGAGCACUUUCAUUGGGACAUCAUUCAAAUCAAUCUCCAGAACCUAAUCAUUUCUGUGAUGCAAGUGAAUAUUCAAUUGAUGAAUUGUCUAAAUCAUAUAAUAAACAAUUAGAAAUGGACAAUGACACUCAAGAUGAACUUGAACUACCUAAUGAUGAUUUAUUAGAAGAAGAAUCAAAUAAUGUUGAUGCAGUCCCUGCUUAUGAAGAGCUAAAUCAAAAAUUAAAUAAAAUGCUUAUGG